AUGACGGUGAAAGAACACCCCUUCCCCUUCAUUAUACUUAUAUUCAGUCUAAGUAUAUUUCUUUCCAUCUCAGAUACUGAUGAAUGUGAAAACGAUAAUGGUGGAUGCGAACAUGAAUGCGUUAAUACCCAUGGAUCUUAUCAUUGCUUAUGUAAUACUGGUUAUAUUUUGACACAAGAUACAAGGUCUUGCUUUGAUGUUGACGAGUGCAAUGACAAUAAUGGAGGGUGCGGGCAAAUAUGCGAUAAUACAGUCGGCUCAUUUACAUGUUCCUGUGAAACUGGAUAUAUGCUGAAUAUAAACGAUCGUAUGUGUUAUGAUAUGAACGAAUGUGAAAACUGGAAUGGUGGCUGUGAACAAUAUUGUAUCAAUAUAGAUGAUUCAUACAGAUGUGAUUGUGUAAGUGGGUAUAUUUUGAAUGAAGAUGGUAAAUCUUGUUCAGAUAGUAACGAAUGCGAGGAAGAUACACAUUUAUGCCAACAAGUAUGUUUAAACGUACUUGGUUCGUUUGUCUGCUCCUGUUUUGAUGGAUAUGCACUGGGCCGCGAUGGAUACACUUGUAUAGAUAUAAAUGAAUGCAACUCAUAUAAUGGGGCAUGUGAACAUACGUGUGAUAACACUCAUGGAUCUUUCAUAUGUUCGUGCAAUACCGGAUAUAGGAUAAACUCCGAUGAACGAACAUGUACAGACAUAAACGAGUGCGAUGGAAAUAACGGUGGAUGUGCACACGUAUGUGAAAACGUAGCAGGAACGUUUGAAUGUCUCUGCCACAGAGGUUACGUACUGAAUAGCGAUGGUCAAACAUGUUCAGAUGACAACGAAUGUAAUGUCAACAAUGGCGGUUGUCAACACAUAUGUGAAAACACAGAUGGGUCGCAUUCAUGUUUCUGUAAUAGUGGUUUUUCAUUGUCUGGCGAUGGCAAAACAUGCAAUGAUCACAACGAAUGUCGUGAAAAUAACGGCGGAUGUGAUCACGUAUGUACAAAUAUUGAUGGGUCAUUUACCUGUAGCUGCCAAGUUGGUUAUACCUCAAGUACCAAUGGAAAAUUAUGUUCUGAUAACAAUGAAUGCGACAUUGAUAACGGAGAGUGUGAUCAUAUCUGCAACAAUACUCGUGGUUCAUACGAAUGUGAUUGUAGAAAUGGAUAUAUACUAAACAGCGAUGGACAUUCUUGUGAUGACGUUAAUGAGUGUAAUAAUCAUAAAGGUGGUUGUGAACACAGUUGUCAAAACACGUACGGGUCCUUUAUAUGCACAUGCGAUCUUGGUUUUGUGUUAUCAGUCGAUGGUUUUACGUGCAUUGAUAUGGGAUGUUUAAUGGAACAAGAUAUUGCCUAUCCAGGCGAAAAUGCGGAGAGUAUUAUAUUGACUGGAAACAGUGAUACUCCGGAAGACUGCUGUAUUUACUGUACUGACACACAAGGAUGUACAAUUUGGACCUGGAAUCAACAUAACAAACACUGUUUUCUUAAGAAGGGAAAUUUACAACGAAAAUAUCAUCACGGCCACGUUUCUGGAAUUCCAUAUUCAGAUAUAAACGAAUGUAAUGUCAAUAAUGGUAGAUGUAGUCAUACAUGUGUUAAUACACACGGAACUUAUCACUGUAUCUGUGACACUGGUUACGUACUGGACUCUGAUUUACGAACAUGCUUAGACUACGAUGAAUGUACAGAACGAAAUGGGGACUGUGAUAUGAUUUGUCAAAACAGCCCUGGAUCGUACACAUGCUUGUGUGAAUUAGGUUAUAUAUUAAACGUUGACAGAAAAACAUGCUCCGAUAUUAAUGAAUGUGGUGAGUUUAAUGGUGGAUGUGAUCAUAAUUGUGCAAACAUAGAUGGGUCUUAUAUCUGUUCUUGUUAUCCGGGCUAUGCUUUACAUAGUAAUGGACACACAUGUUCAGAUGUAAAUGAAUGUUGGCUUAACAUCGGCGGAUGUGAACAGUUGUGUAUUAAUACAGAUGGGUCUUAUUAUUGUUCCUGUAACGGUGGAUACACUUUGGACGCUGAUGGCGAACUGUGUUCUGAUGUAAACGAAUGUGCAAACUAUAAUGGUGGAUGUGAACACAUCUGUACAAACACAGAAGGGACAUAUCAUUGUUCAUGUGAUACUGGAUAUAAUCUACGAGAAGAUGAAAUAUCGUGCUUUGAUGUAAAUGAAUGUGAGAACAAUAAUGGAGAAUGUGACCACACAUGUCAUAACGUAGAUGGUUCGUUUACUUGCUCCUGCCGUACGGGUUACACAAUUACUGAAAAUAAUAUGAGUUGCACAGAUUCAAACGAGUGUGCUAUAAAUAAUGGUGGGUGUGAACACGGCUGUACAAACUCGGAAGGCUCCUAUCGUUGUUACUGUUAUGAUGGAUAUAUUUUGAUGGCGGAUGAGAUGUCAUGUACCGAUAUAAACGAAUGUGACGAAAACAAUGGUGGCUGUGAACACAAAUGUACAAACUCUAAAGGUUCGUUCACAUGUUACUGUAACACUGGUUAUUUACUCACCCAGAAUGGAAAGACUUGUUCAGAUGUCAACGAAUGUGAGACUAAUAAUGGUGGGUGUAAUCACGACUGUCUGAAUAUGGAUGGUUCAUUUGAAUGUGGGUGUAGAAAUGGUUAUAAUCUUGACAAUGAUAGAGCGUCAUGUAACGAUAACAACGAAUGUGAUCUCUAUAACGGCGGCUGCGAACAUAACUGCGACAAUACAGAUGGAUCAUACGAGUGUUCAUGUAAUCGAGGUUUUGUUUUGAAUGCGGAUAGUACAACAUGUUCCGAUUUAGGGUGCGUAAUGCAUCAAGAUGUUAACUAUCCUGUCCAUAAAGCAAAGAACGUCAUCCUGAACAGUGUACACCGCUCGCCAGAAGAUUGUUGUGUUCAGUGUACAGAAACACCCGGAUGUACUAUUUGGACCUGGGUCGAACGCAGUCGUGCUUGUCACCUUAAGAGGGGAAACCUGCAUUCCAAACCAGCUUCCGGUCAUGUGUCAGGAAUACCUCACUCAGACAUUGACGAGUGUCAAGACGAUAACGGCGGAUGUGAUCACACAUGUGUUAAUACCCAUGGCUCUUUUCAUUGUACGUGCGGUUAUGGUUAUAUCAUGGAUACGAAUGAAAGAACUUGUUCAGAUAAUGAUGAGUGUGAACACGAUAAUGGUGGGUGUGACCAUAAGUGUGAAAAUACAUACGGGACUUUUAAGUGCUACUGUAACACUGGGUAUCUGUUGAACUCUGAUCAGAAGUCGUGUUCAGACAAGAAUGAGUGUGAUGAGAAUAAUGGUGGUUGUGAACACAUAUGUACAAACACACAUGGAACGUUUAGUUGCUUAUGUCAGAGCGGUUAUACGCUUGACGCAGAUGGAAAAACAUGCCAUGAUAUCAACGAAUGUAAUGCAAAUAAUGGUGGAUGCGAACACGAAUGUCGAAAUAAUGGCGGCUCAUUUGAUUGCCGUUGCAGAGAUGGGUAUACUCUGAAUAGCGACGGGGUAUCUUGCAAUGAUAUUAACGAAUGCUUGGCAAUUAAUGGUGGUUGUGAUCAUACUUGUGAAAAUACGGAAGGCGCAUUCACAUGCUCAUGUCGCCGUGGUUUCGUAUUGAACGUGGAUGAUAAAACAUGUUCUGAUUUAGGAUGUGUUAUGCAACAGGAUGUCAACUACCCUGCCCAUGAAUCGACUUACGUUAUUAUGAACGGUAUUCUCGGCUCUCCGGAAGAGUGUUGUUCUCAUUGUACUGCAAUACCCGGAUGUGCCAUUUGGACCUGGAUCGAACACAAUCACGCAUGCUAUCUUAAAAGGGGAAACCUACAUCCCAAACCAGCACCUGGUCACGUGUCUGGAAUACCUCACACAGAUAUUGACGAGUGUCAAGACGACAAAGGUGGAUGCGAACAAACAUGUGUCAAUACUCAUGGGUCGUAUCACUGUACGUGUGAGCAAGGUUACGUGUUGGACCCGGAUGAAAGAGCUUGCUCUGAUGUAGAUGAGUGCAGUUUAAGCAAUGGAGGAUGCCAACAAAUCUGUACAAAUACUGAAGGGUCAUUCACUUGUUCCUGUGCAACGGGCUAUGCAUUAAGUAAUGAGGGACAGACGUGUCUUGAUGUUAAUGAAUGUAACGGAUUCAAUGGAGGCUGUGAGCACAUGUGUGAUAAUACGUCUGGGUCUUUUGUGUGUUCUUGUUACAAUGGAUAUAGUCUACACACGGACGGGAUAAGUUGUUUUGAUAUAAAUGAGUGUUUAGAAAACAAUGGUGGAUGUCAACAAGUUUGUAUAAAUAGAGCAGGGUCGUUCAGUUGUUCCUGUCGAGAUGGUUAUACAUUGAACACGCAUGCUGAGACAUGUUAUGAUAAUGAUGAGUGCCAAAUCAACAAUGGAGGAUGUGAACAGGUGUGUGUCAAUAAUGAAGGAUCAUUUGAGUGUGAUUGUAGGCUUGGGUACAUACUAAACAACAAUGAACAAACGUGUGAUGAUGCGAAUGAAUGUGGUGAAAACAAUGGAGCAUGCGAGCAUAUCUGCACGAAUACGGAUGGGUCAUACACGUGCAAUUGUCUUAUUGGUUACGGUCUUAAACAAGAUGGACAUGCUUGUUCAGAUAUCGACGAAUGUUACGUUAACAACGGGAGAUGUGAUCAAGAUUGUCACAAUACUAUUGGUUCAUUUACAUGUCAGUGUAGAGCUGGAUAUACUUCCGAAAAUGAUGGCAUUUCAUGCAAUGAUGUUGACGAAUGUGCCAAAGGUAGUGGCGGGUGUCAGCACGUUUGUACGAAUACAGUCGGGUCGUAUACUUGUACUUGUUAUGCAGGUUUUAUACUGGAAGCAAACGGGAAAUUAUGCUCAGAUAAGAACGAGUGUGUUGACAAUAAUGGUGGUUGUGACCAUAACUGUGGAAAUACGGACGGAUCUUUUGUGUGUUCUUGUGACGUUGGUUAUGCCUUAGGAAGUGAUGGAUUAUCGUGUUCCGAUGUUAAUGAAUGUGAAAAUAAUAAUGGUAAUUGUGAAUAUGAAUGUGAAAACACAAGUGGUUCAUUUCUAUGUACGUGUAAUGAUGGGUACAUACUUAACAUUGAUACGCUUACUUGUUCGGACAUCAAUGAGUGUGAAGACAGUAACGGUAAAUGUGACCAGAUAUGCCACAAUCUUGAAGGAUCCUAUGCAUGUUCUUGCAACGAUGGUUAUACUUUGAAUAAAGAUGGUGAAUCAUGUGAUGAAAAUUUCAUUGGAUGUGAUAACCAUAAUGGAGACUGUGAACACAUAUGCGAUGAUAGCAAUGGAUCUGUAACAUGUUCCUGUAAUUUGGGAUUUGAACUAAAGGCCGAUGCUAAAAGUUGUAGAGAUAUGGGAUGUCAGAUGCAGGAUGGUUUGUCAUAUCCAACUUCAUCCAGAAAUAUCAUCAAACAUGGAAAAACUAAUCCAAAAGAAAGUCCAGAAAAGUGUUGUGAAAACUGUAGACAAACGCAGCAAUGUACCAAUUGGACAUGGGACAAAACCAACAAAGCCUACAUAGAUGAAUGCUUCGAUGAUAAUGGUGGUUGUGAAGACGAAUGUCACAAUAACCACGGCUCAUACACAUGUGGUUGUGGAACUGGUUAUAUAUUGGCCCAAGACGGUUAUACUUGCAUCGACAUAAAUGAAUGCGUCUAUGAAAAUGGUGGGUGUGACCAAAUCUGUGUGAAUACGAUCGGCUCCUAUUAUUGUUUAUGCCGACCAGGAUAUGUAUUGAACUACGAUGGCCAUACUUGUUCCGAUGUUAACGAAUGUCAGACAGACAACCAUGGGUGCGAACAUGAUUGCGUAAAUACAGCAGGAUCAUUCUUGUGUGCGUGUCCUUUGGGAUAUAGAUUAAAUCCAGACGGCUACACGUGUUCAGACGUCAACGAAUGUCUACAUCGAAAUGGUGGAUGUGAGCAUCUUUGCCAUAACGAGCUUGGUUCGCACUCCUGUAGUUGUCUUAGUGGAUAUGAAUUAAACGAAGAUGGUAGAACCUGCUCAGAUACCAACGAGUGUGACACUGAUAACGGAGGAUGCGAUCAAAUAUGUAUAAACACCGACGGAUCUUAUGAAUGUUACUGUUAUAUUGAUUAUGUCUUACAAGCAGAUGGUCAUACAUGUGAAGCUUUAUGGGACAUUCAUGGUCACUGUGGACCUCUAUAUCCACUCGACAAUGGCGAUCCAGGACAGUGCGACCCGAAUAGUGACCAUCCCUGUUGUGGUAUCAAUGGUCACUGUGGUGGCGAUGCGGCACAUUGUGAUUGUGAAGGAUGCAUUGACUAUUCAGCGGACGAAAACGAAUGCGAAACCGAUAAUGGAGGAUGUGAACAGUUGUGCAGAGAUACGUACGGCUCGUACACAUGUAUGUGCUAUGAUGGAUACAUUCUUAGUGAGGAUGGACACAAUUGCACCGGUAUGUCAAAUAUAAAUACCCAUAUACUCGUGUCGUAG